AUGAUGGAGCACCCACUCACCAAGGAUAUCAAGUCAAACACCAACGUUGAACUUCAGAUUCAGUUGCUGUUGGCCGAGGAGCAAAGAGAGCGACUUCAACGAGAAUUGUCGCAAGUUGCAGAGGAGUUACGUCGUCGUCGUGAGGAAGCAGAGGAGGCACGUCAGAUGAUUGAGCGGAUGAUUAUUCGGGAUAACAACGAAGACCACUUCGAGCAACCAGCGGCAGAAGAAGUUCAAACGGAGGAGCCAAUGGACGAAGGAGGUGAUCAACCAGACGAAACUCCAGACAGAAACAACAACGAAUGA